AUGCACGUUUCACCAGGUCUUCUUGCUUUCGCUUCGUUUGUAGCCACCGCUGCCACUAUUGCAAAUGCUUUCGUCAUCAAUAAGCAGUUCUAUCCAUCGAUCGUUUAUAUUACUAAGAGCAAUGCUAGUAUGAUGGUAAUUUAUGUUCAAGCUCUUAUUUUGGUGUAUAUACUGUUCCAAGUGGUUCGAAAGAUUUUCUUUGGUGAACUGCGAGCUUCCGAGGCAGAACAUUUGUCGGAGCGAGCAUGGCAUGCUGUGUUGGAGACAUGUCUUGCAUUCACCGUUUUCCGAGACGACUUUUCACCACUGUUCGUUAUGCAGUUUGUUGCACUUCUAUUCGUGAAGAGUUUUCACUGGUUAGCAGACGAUCGUGUUGAUAUGAUGGAGCGAAGUCCAGUCAUUACUUUGAAGUUCCACGUUCGGAUGAUGUGUAUCAUAGCAUUCCUUGGUGCUACAGACUCAUAUCUUGUGUCGCAUGCCUAUUUUACCACGUUGUUGAAAGGAGCCAGUGCACAAAUAGUUUUUGGGUUUGAAUAUGCUAUUCUAAUGGCGUUAGUUAUUCACGUAACGAUUAAAUAUAUACUUCACAUGCAUGAUCUGCGAACAGCACAAGCAUGGGAGAACAAAGCUGUAUACCUUCUAUACGCAGAGCUAUUUAUUAACCUCAUCAGAUGUGUUCUCUAUGGACUAUUCGCUGCAGUAAUGCUUCGGAUACAUUCAUUUCCGCUGUUUGCCGUACGACCAUUCUAUCUCUCUUUGAGAGCUCUGCAUAAGGCAGUAAAUGAUGUAAUUUUGAGUCGUAGAGCUAUCAGUGCCAUGAACAAUCUGUUCCCGGUUGUAUCGGCUGAAGAUCUUUCUGCAAUGGAUGCCACUUGCAUUAUCUGUCGCGAUGAAAUGACGCCAGAUUCAACACCGAAACGGCUUCCGUGCGGUCAUGUUUUUCAUACACAUUGCUUACGAAGCUGGUUUCAACGGCAACAAACAUGUCCCACUUGUAGGACGGACAUUCUAGGCAAGUCUUUUCUUGCUUUGUGUUUGAAUGUAUUUUGCUUAUGUGGAUGGGCUUUAGCAGCUGCUAGCCAACAGGGAGGAGCGGGUGGCGAUAACGUAAUAUUUAUUUAUUCAACGAAUGAAGGUGGAGUGGCUGGUGAUGCAAGAAUCUUUCCCUUACCUUUCUACUUCCUGUACACCACUCCAAGAAUCGUGUUUAUUUUUAAGCCUUAUCUUCCGCCUCCAUUUAUGCCUCCAAUGCCGCCCUUUCCUAUGGAGAUACCUCGCCCGCCACGUACACUCGAACAGCUCUCAGACGAGGAACUUCGUGCAAUGGAAGGCGAAAGCCGAUCUGCUUUGGAGCGCAGAAUAAGAAUAUUGGGAGAUAUUUCAACCUUGCUCGAUGCAGCCGUGACUGAAUGCAUGUCUGGCCUUUACAAUGACUCGCGGUGGCCUACCGAUAAAUCGGACCAGUGCUGCUAUUCUCCCAGACAAGUUUGA